AUGAUCAAGGAGAAGGAGAAGGGCGGGGGUGCCCGUCUCAAAGAUGAGCCUAAUGAUCCUGCUGAACCAGGACACGGUUCCCGUCCGCCAUCAGCAUCACUGCCGACUCCAGCGGCACUAAAGAAGGAACCAGACGAACCCGCGCACAGAGUUAAGAUGGAGCCUCACAGUCAAGGCGGUGAGGACUCUAACGCCGACCUUGGUGUCGACGGCAUUAAGACUGAAAUUGACGGCCUCAUGGAUAGUGACGGCGACCCCACAAAGUCUCCACAGUGCGAACUGGGCGGUCCAGGCUCUCUGAAAUCGGAACGGCUUUCAUCUGACUCAAAUGAUAUUAUUGACCCACAAACUGGACUCAGAGGUUCUACUGGUAAUUUACAGGAUGGCAAUCAGAACUGUCGAAACCCAAAUGGACCAGAAAAUAUGGGAUCGUGUCGCAUGGGCAACUCCGGACCAAUGGGUCCAGGGGUGUCCAUGGGUCCAAUGUCCAGCGAAGCGCAGUCUCUACCGUCUAACGUCAUCAGCAAGCAGUCCGGCAGUAUGGAGCAGCAGAGUCAAAUCUUCGUGUUCUCAACGCUUUUGGCCAACAAGGGCGCGGAGGCGGUCAUCUCCGGGCAGCAUCACUCCAUCAUAGCGUAUCACUGUGCUCAACCAGGCACUAAGAAGUAUUUAGAGAAGCACCCACUGAAGAUGGGUCAAUUCAACAAACAAAAUCCUGCUCAAUGGCUUAACAACCUUGCUAUGGCUAAAAGUCGCGGAGGAAUGCGAGGUGGUCCAAAUAUGAUGGGUGGACCUAACCAAAUGGGCCAUAUGAUGGGAGGGCCGAUGGGACCCAACAUGGGACCUAUGGGACACGGAGGCAUGGGUCAUAUGGGACCGAACAUGAUGGGCCCCAAUCGGAUGGGUGGGCCGGGCAAUCAGAUGAUGAUGAUGAAAGGAGGACCGGGCCAGAUGGGGCAGAUGGGUCCGGGUAUGGGGCCCAUGGAUGGGUUUCCAGGGGGCACCCCGUCCUGUGGUGUCAUGGACGGCCUCGGUGCUGAUGGUGAAAUGCCCUGGGACACCAAAAACCCCUCCGUAAUGUCGAACGGCAUGGCAAACGGUCCUUCACAAAUGCCACCCUGUUCCGAAGCGGGCGGUGACAACAAUUCAGGCGAUAACAACAUGUCCUGCCAACCCGGACCAAAAGCUUCAGUUUCUUCCGCAGGUGUGAAAAUACCUGAUGAGAAUCUCACGCCGCAACAGCGUGCACACCGCGAGGAACAGCUGGCGACUAUACGGAAAAUGCAACAGAUUCUAUUCCCUGAGAGCGGAUCCAAUCCCAACCAGGCCAAUGAUGGUUCUCAAACACCCUCAGACAUUAACCCUCCCAACUCAACAGCCAAUAUGAACAUGUCUUUCCCACCCAUGUCGGCCCAUGGACCCAUGUCCGGACCUAACGGACCUAUGGUAUCCAUGCCUAGCAGCAUGAAUAGUGGACCCAGCUGUACUAUGUCCGGACCAAUGGGCCCCAACGGACCAAUGGGGCCAGGUCCAAUGGGUCCAGGUGGCCCGAUGGGUCCGAACGGUCCAAUGGGUGGCCCAAUGGGUAAUAUGGGUGGGCCGGGUAUGGGUAUGGGUGGGCAUGGAUCAAUGGGGCCUAAUGGAAUGAUGGGGCCUAACGGGCCGAUGAUGCAAGGAAUGGGGCCUAAUGGACCGAUGGGGCCGAUGGGCCCGUGUGGAAUGAAAGGAAUUAGAGGAGCAUGUGGUGGUCCAGAUAUGAAGUCAGGAAUGUGUUCAGACAUGCAUAUGGGAAGGGGAUGUGGUGGACCGAUGGGACGCAUGCCUAAUCCUAUGGGUGGUAUGGGCGGGCCUAAACCUUGUAUGAUGGGUGGACCACACAUGGGGCCCAGAAUGAUGCCAGCACCAAAUCUUAAUGCUAUGAAUGGUGGUAUAAUGAUGGAGGGUGGCAUGAUGGGUGGCAUGGUGCACGGCGACUGCGGGCCCGACCACCACAUGCCCGUCAACGGGCCCAUGUGCGACGAGUAUGGCCGUGGCAGGAAUAUGGGCCCCGGCGACCCCGGCGGGCUGGGCCCCGGGCUGGGGCCGGGGCUCGCGCACAAGGCGGCGCGCAGCCCCAAGUCGCCGCCCGCCGACAUCGACUGGCAGAAGUUACACCACCAGUUCUUUGACGACUCCAAGAAUAUGGACACCGACCUUAGUACACAAGUAAAGUCCCCGUGCUCGGAGCGCGGCGGGUGCCUGCCGCCGCCGCCCUACGGCGCUUCGCCCCUGCACCGCUCCGCCUCUGUGCCUAUAGCCACACAGUCGCCGUCCCAGUCGGCGGGUAUGCCGAUGUCGGCGGAGGCGUCGCGCGCGGGCUCCGCACUCAGCAGCCCCGCGCACUGCAAGCAGAAGGGCGACGCGCCUGAGAUACUAGAGAAAUUGGACGAUGGCGUGUUUGUACGUACACUGCAAUGUUUGGCGGCGCAACAGCAGAAAAACCAACAGGGCGGCUCUCACCAGAAGGAACCGAGUUUGAUGCCCGUGCCUUCACCGCAACAAAUAUCCUAUCUCAACCAGUUCGAAGGUCAAGAGUUAACGAUACAGAAACAGCCGAACACGUCGUUGAAAGACAAUGGACCGCCAUCGAACAGUGGCGGCCAAACACCACAGUCGAAUGCCAAUCAGAAAUCACCCGCUGGCAUGAUGCCGGGCACGCCUGAGCCGCACUCGUCACUUUCGGAGCAGCGCGCCGGCCGCUUCUCCCUCGAGCAGAGUCCCGGGUUCAAUAACCCGCAGACACCAACGUCCGCUGCAAAUACUAAAUGUGCGCAGGAUGAGAAGUCAAGGCCGAGUCCUUCAUCGAACAGGUCGAGUCAAGACAACGCGUCAAAGACCCCGCAAAGGGAGGGCCGUGAGGGGCGAGAGGGGCCCUCCCUCAGCCAGGGGCCCUACGCGCCCUCCUCCACAGCGAAGAGUAGCUGCAGUGUUACCACAAUCUCCCAUUCGGAUGAUACUAUGGCAUCUAAUACAGAGACGACGUUGUCAGGCGGACCGAAUAGCACGAGCCUGCCCGGCCCCUUCCCCGGCCCGUGCAGUAUGAACAGGCCGGACAAUAUCCCUAUCAACCCCAAUCAGGGCCCGAACGGUCCCAUGGGCCCCGCCACCUCGUCCUUCGACCCCAUUUCCUCGUUAGCGCAGAUGUCGCAGCAACUCACUAACACGGUGGGCGGCGCGCCCCCCAUGGGGCCCGGCGGCAACGGCAUGGGGCCCUUCGGCUCCGCGCCCCACCACAUGCAGCACCACCACCCCUCCAUGCACCCGCAUGGACACCAUAUGAUGAUGAAUGAUUUAGGUUGUCAUAUGGACAAUAUGGGAGGGCCCGGCAUGGGCGGUCCCAUGGAAGGUAUGAUGAGCGGCGGUGACUUCCCGCCGGAUAUGAAUCUGAGUCCUAAAAUGAGCGGCGGCCCCAUGGGCGGGCCGAUGGGCCCCAUGGGACCUGACGCCUCCAUGAUGGGCCCGCGUAUGGGCGGCGCUGGAAAGAUGCCUCCCUUCAACGGUGCUAACGUCCAAGUGAAAGCCAGCGCGCCCAACACGAUACAGUACCUGCCCACGCGGCCGCAGAUGCCGUGCAACACCGGGCCGCGGGGGCCGCCCAGCCUGGACUUUCUGCAGCGGGUCACAAACCCCAUGCAGAUGGACGGCGGCAAGGGCGGCGUGCAGUACUUCCCCGGCGCGCGCGGCAUGGACAUGGAGGGCGGCAUGCGCGGCGUGAUGCGCGCGCCCGGCAUGUUGCGCAUGCCGCACUACCCCGCCGGCUUCAACUCUCCGCCCAAGAUGGCGGGCGACCCGUUCGCGCCCGGCCCCAACCCCAUGUGCGGGCCCGGCUUCCGCGGCGUCAAGGGCGGCAUGGGCCCCGGCAACGUGCGCAUGGGCGCCGCCCAGCCCUUGCCGCCCUCUAUGGGUGGCCCCGGCCCCGGUUUCAAGGGGCAGGGCUUCGCGGUGCCCUCCACGGCGGACCCCAACUACGCGGCGCAGUUCCACAACUUCCAGCAGCAGCUCUACGCGACGGGCAGCCGCGGCGCGCAGCCGCACCAGGGCUACCCGCCCUACCAGCCGCCCAAG